AUGGCUGAGUCGACAGCGAAAGCAAAAUCACCGUCCCCGGAAGCGACAACAUCAGCAGCGGCAGCAGGAACAUCAGCGACAGGAACAGCAGCAGCAGCGACAACUUCGCCUAAAUCUCCAAAAUCACCAGCGUCACCUCAUAGUCACUCGUCAGGAGCAGAUGUGACGGGUGAAGCGAUUGGAACCGAACAGACAAUACAAGCCGCCGACAAUCUGGACGAAGAUGACGAUGACGGCGGGUCGGCACUUGGUAGUGACAUACAAUCUUCAACCGGCUCAUUGACCGAGAGUAUCUACAACUACCGUGUGCUACACGGCCGCACGUUUAAUGCGCCCAAGACAACCGAAUACUGGGCGCCGAACGACGAACAGCAGAAUGAGGGCCUUGAUCUGCUCCACAAUUGCCUUCUGAUGGCCUUGGGCGAUAGACUGUUUCUCCCGCCGAUCGACGACAACCCGCAGAAGGUGCUCGAUGUCGGCACGGGAACUGGAAUAUGGGCGAUCGAUUUUGCAGACAUGUAUCCCGGUGCGGAAGUAAUAGGGACGGAUAUCAGCCCUAUACAACCGGUUUGGACACCACCUAAUGUUAAGUUCGAGAUCGACGACUGCCUCCUCGAGUGGACAUGGCCUGAGAACCACUUCGACUUCGUCCACAUUAGAGCCUUAUACGGCAGCAUCCCCGACUGGGGUGAGCUUUACGGCAAGGCCUUUAAGCAUCUUAAGCCCGGCUGCUGGCUUCAAGAUCUCGAGAUGGAUGUGCGCAUACAAACGGACCACGUUCACAUCCCGGAUGACCACAUCUUCGAAGAGUGGUCGCGCGCGUUCAUCGAGGCGGGUGAUAAGAACGGGCGCACGUUCGGCAUUUCGCGCGACCACAUGAUGCGCGACACGAUGAUCGCAGCCGGCUUCGUCGAUGUCCAAGAGGUUAAGCUCAAAGUGCCGUGUCACGGAUGGCCGCGUGACCCUAAGCUGCAGCAGGCGGGUCUGCUUCUAUACGCCAUGCUGGAUCAGAGCAUCGAGGGUUUCUGCCUGUACCUGUUUACUAAGAUGCUGGGCUGGUCUGUCGAGGAGGUUCUCGUGUUCGUGGCUAGGUUCCGCAACGAGAUGAAGAAGAAGAGCAACUGCGGCUGGAUUCUUACGACUGUGGCAUAUGGUCGCAAACCCGAGGUAGGAGAAACGUAA